GUUAACAAUCAGUGCACUUUUGAAGCCUUGAUCAAACGGAUCUGAAAAUGAUGCUGAGCCCCGAUCAGACGGAUCCUGACCUCACCUGGACGCAGCCGGACACGGAAUGUCUGAACGUCAUGAAGGUGGAAUGUGUGGCUCACGAGGAUGGCAAAACUCGCGCACUCGUGCCAGCUGCGCUCACCAGAGAGGAGAAGAGACGGAAGAGGCGCGCGACUGCGAAAUACCGUUCUGCGCAUGCCACGCGCGAGCGCAUCAGAGUGGAAGCGUUCAACGUAGCGUUCGCUGAGCUUAGAAAGCUGCUACCAACACUUCCACCCGACAAGAAGCUGUCCAAAAUAGAAAUACUUCGCCUAGCUAUCUGUUACAUUUCUUAUCUUAACCACGUUUUGGACGUUUAAAAAAACUUUUGGCACAUUUACCAGUACCUUAAAACAAAACCCUAAAGUGUGUAUAAAAAAAUACUUUUAUAGACAUUGAGAAUAUUCCAGCAGGUCACAAAUAUUAAAAAAGAAAAAAAAGGGGGUAACACUUUAUAAUUACUUUCAGAAAUAGGCUAUGUUUUGUUGUCUGUCUCCACUAAUUAAGAUAGCCUACUACGAAAAAGGAAAUCGGAACAAAAGGAAGGGAGGCAGUCUUUUAGUUAUUAUAAAGCAUUACCGAAAAUAUUACGUAGGCCUAUCGCAAUAAGUGAAGAUUGUUGUUUUUGACACUGCAGCAAGAUCUUUUCAAAGAUUUGCUAUCCUGUUCAACAUCCAACAUCAUAAGCAAAUUUGUGGCAAUAAUUUGUUAUGGAGGGAUUUGACUUGGGUUGGAUCUUAAUACAUCACAUAAACGAAACAAAUAGCUAACAUUCAUCUUUCGCAACCUUGUUAUAAACCAAGCUGAUUUUAUAGGCUACCAACCGUCUGGAAAAAUGUAUAGGCUACUUCUAUGUGCUGGAACAAAUCGUCACGUAGCUGUUCAUUUAUAUUUUCUUGUUUAUUUAUUUAUGGAGUAAAUAUGUGAGUGUCCUUGAAUAGCACACCUAAAGUGUUUACGUAUAUGUGUAAAUAUUGAAUGUUUUAUUAAUAUUUUAGACUGAUGUCGCAGAGUUUGGGUGUACUGUUGCUUUUCACUUGCACUUUUCAUUGGCAGUUUUCUUAGGAGUAGAAGGGCCUUCGCUGUGUGUGCACUACGGUUAUUAAAAUGGUGUUGCUGUUGAUGUCCUGUCCUAUGAUAACGAGAAGCACUUCCCAUCGGAUAGGAUCUAUUGCUCUAGUGUUUAUUUUGUUUACAAAGUGCUCAUAGAUAGCGCUUUUGGGUACCUGAUGACUUGUGGUGGAUUAAAAGUACAAUUAGACUAAAUUAAAUACAUCAUAAUCAAUGUCAGAUAAAUAAUUUGGCCAUAGACAUAAAAAGGGGGUGCUUGCCUUCCAAGUCUACAAGCUACCCAUAUAGACGCUCUCUUUGCUGCGACCAAAAAUGAUCUCAAGGUAGUUUAUUUUUCUUUUAGAA